AAUUGGCGGGAGAAUGGGUUUGUGCUCCAGAUUUGGGACGCCUGUGAUUUCUUGAGAGUCGAGGUCCUGGACCAGAAACGUAGGGAUUUGUUGGUUGGAAGAGGAGUGACCGAAAGGAAGAAAGAAAGGGUGGCCAUCAAAGAGCGGACAGAGCAGCUGAGAGCGGAGGAACCUCGCGGCACCCGCACAGCCUCCGGACUGCUUUUUACUUAGGCUGCCAGACCCUUUAGCACCACGCGGAAUAAUGUAAGGACCCUCAUUCUUCUGUAAACUAAUGAGACCAAAACAUAGUCUAUGCCAAAGUGGUGACAGAAGAAAUUUGGGAGAAAGCAUUUUGCCUUGCACUUAGGAUAGCUGGUAGACCUGUCAUGGCUCCUGUGAAGAUCAGCCACGUGGUAUCGUUUUCCUCUCAGGAUCCCAAGUAUCCUGUGGAGAACUUGCUGAACACAGACAGUCAGAGGGGGCCUUGGCUUGGCUGCCCUCAGGACAAGAGUGGGCAACUGAAAGUGGAGCUGCAGCUGGAGAGGGCAGUGCCCAUUAGUUAUAUCGAUGUAGGUAACUGUGGCUGUGCUUUCCUGCAGAUUGAUGUGGGCCGUUCUUCCUGGUCUCUCGACAGACCUUUCAUCACCCUGCUGCCUGCAACCAUGCUAAUGUCCCUCACUGAUUCAAAGCAGGGGAAGAACCGCUCAGGGGUCCGCAUGUUUAAAGAUGAUGAUUUCCUGGCUCCAGCCUCAGGAGAGUCAUGGGAUCGACUUCGCCUGACCUGCUCCCAGCCCUUCACACGGCAUCAGCCCUUUGGCCUGGCCUUCCUGCAGGUGCGUUCCUCUCUGGAUGCCUUGGACAAGCCUGUGACAGGUGAUGUGACCCCUGUGAGCUCCCAGCUGAGCCAGGGCUCUUCUGAUACCCAGGAGUCUGGUCCUAGCCCCUGGCUGGCUAAUCCUUCUAUCCGGAGGACAUUCUUCCCAGAUCCCCCAACGAACAGAAAGGAAAUGUCAGGGCUCAAGGAUCUCCUAAAGCAGUUUCAACCAGGGCCUCAGGGGCGUUCAGCCCGCAUGGUGCUUUCUGCUGCCCGAAUGGCACCUUCAGCCAUUGUGGAAAAGCCAAAGAACAACCACACAGAGCCAGGUCCCAGUCACCCAAAGAGUACAGAACCCAGAACAGAGGAGCAAAGCUCAGAGAAUGACGGGGGCAGGAAGAAGAGGCGGAAAAUCCAGGACCAAAGGUCCCUAGCCAACUCAAACUCUCAAUCAAAAAGGAGAGGAAAGGCAAGAGCAAGGCAAAGAGAAUACCAACCCCAGACCCAAAUCACUGGCGUCCAGGAGAGGGGACAGUGCCCCGUUUGUGCAGGCUCCUUCAGCGCUGAGAUUCUUCCUCUGCAUGCUGCUACCUGUGGAGAGACCGCCCCGCCUCCCCCAGCGCCUCCCUCCUCCUCACCGUCUUCAUCCCCAUCUGUGCUGUGGGUAUCCUCCCCCGAGAGUUCGCCAUCCGUUUGCUGGGUCCAGUGUCCCAUCUGCCAGUUGCACUUUGCAGCAAACGAAGUAGAAGAACACGCCAGCCUGUGUGGGGAAGUUCUUCGGACCUGAGCCAGAGGGGCCUGUGACAGACUGGAGAGUGGAUCUCACCAGCCGAGAAGGGCCGAUGUUGCCAGGCCUCCAGCUCUGCCUCCUGCCACUUGUUCCCGCCAGACUCUGCCCUGAAGGCACCUCUGGGCCCAGCUUGCUCUCCUUUUCUAGUUGUCAAGGCUCUGUCACCAUAGCACCCAGUUCUCCCAAGGGCAGCUCUGUCUUUUUCACCUUUGGAACUUCUCGGUCGAACUGGCGAUCUCUCUAGGGCCUUGGGACACUAGCUAGAAUGUCUUUUCCUUGGUGAAUGUUCCACACCCAUGUGCCCGUUUUCCUGAAAGGUAAACUGAGGCCCAGUCAAAUGAAAACUACUGCCUGAAAGAUAAGAUCCUGUGGUGAUCUGGGAAGAUGAGAGUGAGUUUUGAGCAUGAGACUGACACCCAGAAUCCCAUGAAUUUAACUUUCAGUAUUCUUUGUGGGUUCCUAUACUAGGUAGAAUCAGGUAACAGCUCUGCUAUGUGACUUUAGGAAAUAAUUUAUGCUGGAUCCAGAGUUAAGGUCCGUAUCAGAAAAGUGGGCAUGGUAGCAUGUUCCUAUAGUCCCAGCUUCUUGGGAGACUGAGGCAGGAAGAUUGUGAGUUUGAGGCUACCCUGGACUACAUAGCAUGACAUUGUCUCAAACAAACAACCAAAGUAAUUUAAGAGAAAAUAUCCUAGGCUGGGUGUGGUGGCCUACACCUGUAAUCCGAGCACUUGGGAGGUUGAGGCAGAAGGAUCACCACAGAUUCAAGGCCAGCCUGGCCUACAUAGUAAAUUCAAGGCUGAAUUACAGAAUGAGACUGUCUCAAAAAACAAAACAAAACAACAAAAAAGAGAAAAUAUCCUUCAUCCACCUCACAGAGCUGUUAUAGGAACCAGAUAGGUUGACUAAGGAAUGCUCAGAAGGCUAGGUUUGACUGCAGGACAGUGAGCAAAUCCCAGUCCCCAGCUGUACAAUGAAGUAGUUGGACCAAAGUGUCUAAGGGUCCCUCAAGCUAUGAUAUUCCAAAUUCUACUUCUACCUGCUUUGAGCAACUAUGUACUCUGCCCUUUCCCAGAAGAUUUUGUUGUGUGGCAUUAACACAGUUCUGCUGGUCCCCAGGGUACCAGGCAGAGGGAGAGCAGCUGGUCCCGGCAAAGGGAGAGCCCAGGGCGGGGUUUUGAGUGAAUAGGAAAGAGGAUGCUAAGUUCGGUCGGAGGCAGAGGAGCAGUUCAGCCUUCAGUCCCUACCUACAUAGGUGGGUGCAGCCAUGGACCCCCUCACGGUAAGAGGCCCUCUGCUCCCCUGCCUUUCCCUAUCCUAAUCCCAUUUCUGGCUAUGAACGAAAUAAUCAGUUGGUCCCGGGGGUGGCAGGAAGACCCUAGCUGCUGGGAGGUGCUAGACAUCACCGUGUCAUUGGAAGAGCCCCUGGAGCCCUAAGCCUGGGCCCAGAAGAAAAGAGCAGCAAGGAUGUGCCGGGGAUUUGGCUCAGUGGUUCCACCGCCUGCUUCGCAAGUGCAAGGUCCCCAGUUCGAUUCCCGGUACAAAAAUAAAAAAAAGAGCAGCAAGGAUGGGAGUGGGCCUCCUAGAAGAAAGGAGCAGCAGUAUUGAGGGGAAGAAAUGCCCUGCAAAGCAGGCAAAGCCAAAGCAAAGAUGGCUUGGUGGAGGAAGGGCAUGUUAGAAUCCUGCUAGCAGUCCUGUUCAGAGGUGGGGGGUGAGGAAGUCCCAGUCCAGAGACCCUCGUGGGUGGACUUGUCUAGACCUGCCCUUCAGAGAUGCCCUGGGGCCUUCAGAGAGAUGAGCAGCUAGAAGAUAAAGUCAACAAGAUGCAGGCCGGGGAUUUAGCUCAGUGUUUUCGCCACCUGUUGCACAAGCUCAAGGACCCAAGUUCAAUCUCCAGUACCAAAAAAAAAAAAACCAAGAUGGGAGCUGGGUCCUGGCCAGACCCUGUGUGCCUGUGUAGGGUUAGGCCUGCUUGAACUGCCCUUGCUUGUGUCCCCCAUGGUGUGUGUGGGUCCCCAUGGUGUGUGUAGGUUCCUGUGAGUAUAGAAGUUAGCCUGAGGAAGAGCCUUCCCUUCACUGUGACAGACCAGUUUGGUACUUUGUGACACAAGAAUCUACAAAAUAAAAAGGUGAAUAUGUUUUA